CGGCGGUGGCGGCGGGGUCAGUGGCCGUGGGAGCGGGUACAUAAGGGGGAACAAACAUGUCCUGUUGAGACACCUGCUGGAGCCACCACUACCGCCACACGCCCGCGUCUCCGGCAGGGAGGAAGCACACCACCGCCCGCCGCGCCCCGCCCUGUCUGACGCCCGCCGGAGAGCCAAACGGACUGCCGGUGGAUGCAGCAGCAGGCCUUAUAGAACCCGUCCUUCGGCAGCCUCACGCCCUACCGAGUGUUUAGCGGGAAGGCUGAUACGGAAAAACCUGAAAAGACACACUCACGCCGGUGGAUGCAAGUGGAGGUCUUGUGAACAUUCUGCGACGGCCCCAAUCGCCUCCUUCUUCAGCGCCACUUCAUACGGAUAGACCCUCGCGCCCGUGGAAGCAAGAACAGAGCGCUCAGCCUUCUUUCUUCAGCUCCGAGUGUUUAUCUUGCAACACUGAUACACAAACGCAGUGCCCGGAGAAGUGGAGACAAACAUUACGAACAGUGGGAGUAAAUAAAUCGCCGCUUGUUCGUGAAAGAAAACUCAACAACUGCUGACGCGGCCAAGGACUUGAGAGAGGAAAAAAGUCGAUUUGCGCAUACCCAGCGAUAAGUGACGUAGCAUCUAUAGGCAGAGCUCUUGGAAGAACUGUGCUGAGGACUUCACUAACGCUGCAUCUCAAGGACUGACGCCCUAGGAACCUCCAAAAGCACAAACACACAAACAAAACAGUGGAGAACUUCGCAUACCGGCAAUCACUGAAGAAACGAGACGCAGAGACCUUUCCCGGACCUGUCUCUAGAGGAAUGACGCUUCAGGAACCUCAGCAACGCAAAAAAUAAUAAGGAGAGUAAGAACAGAAGGCAGAAGAGUCGUUUACCUUCUCGACAGCUGCGAUGGGCGUGUGGCUGGCGCUGGUGCGGGUGGCGGCGGUGGGCGCGGCGGUGAUGGUCCUCUGCAGAGCUUCGCCGAUGCCCUUGGAGGAAGAGGACGAGGACCUGGCUCUCUUUGACGACUACGAUUACAGCGACUACGAGGCUGAGAUGACACGAAGUGGAAUCUGUGUGCCCGGAUGCCCUCGCGACGGCGCUAUGCUGCUCGACCGGACUUCCUGCCGCCACUACUUCGUGUGCACCAAGAUGCAGGGAGAACUGGUGAUGUCGAGGUGCGGUUGUCCCGACGCGCGGCCAGUCUUCAACCGGUACAGCCGCAAGUGUUCCAGGCGUGCCCGGUGCCGCGUCUCCUGCCCAUCACACCACCACGUCUUCAGCAACUGGACGGAGAUCACCCUCGGGGACAGCAAGUGUUACGCAGCUAAUCCCCCACCACUACCCGAGACUACCACUACCACCACCACUACUACUACUACUACCACUACUACCCCUAAAACUACUACUACUACCACUACUACCCCUAAAACUACUACUACUACCACGCCUGAAACUACUACUACCACCACUACCACUACACCCAAAACCACUACCACUACUACGCCUGAAACGACUACUACUACUACUACUACUACGCCUGAAACUACUACUACCACUACUACCCCUGAAACUACUACUACCACUACUACCCCUGAAACGACUACUACUACUACCACCCCUGAAACUACUACUACUACUACCCCUGAAACUACUACUACUACGCCUGAAACGACUACUACCACUACUACCCCUGAAACUACUACUACCACUACUACCCCUGAAACUACUACCACUACUACCCCUGAAACUACUACUACCACUACUACUACUCCCGAAACUACAACUACUACUACUACGCCUUCCACCACGACCACUGAACCACCCGCUACCACAUUUUCUACCACGGAAUCCACCACCACCACCACUACCGAGGAGGAAGAACCUGAGGAAUCAACCACAGACGCUCCCGCCCCCCUAACAACCACCUUCCCCCCUCCUGAAGAAAUCACUGAAGAAGAAGGGUUCGAAGAGGAGACAACCACAGAGUUAGACACCAUCAUCAUCACAACACCAUCAUCUUGUAACAUCACCACCACCACCUCCACGACCUCUGACUCCCUCUCCACCACCUCCUCCUCUUCCCCUACAGCCAGUCUUCAGUCCCCUGCCACCCUGCCGGCUACCCUGCAACCAUCAUCUAGUCUCCCUGUCAGUACUAACACCCUGAUCACAACCAAGCCUGCCCCUCUCCCUGCUGGCACGAAUACCCUGAUCACAACCAAACCUGCCACCCUGUCACCAUCAGCUAGUCUCCCUGCCAGUACUAACACUCUGAUCUCUACCAAACCAGCUCCUUUCCCUGCCAUCUCAACCGAGCCACCCACUCAACCCUUCCCUGUCACCCUGCCGAUCAUUGCUGCCCCACCUGAAACCCCUGUCAGUAUAAAUACGCUGAUUACCACCAAGCCUGCCAUCCUCCCUGCCAUCCUACCUGCUGGGAUUAACACCUUGAUUACGACCAAACCGGCUGCACUCCAGUCGUCCUAUCCCACUCCUGACACCAGUGUAUCGCCAGUCACACUCCCUGUAACAAAUACCCUGAUAACGACUAAACCAGCUACACUCCAGUCGUCCUAUCCCACUCCUGACACCAGUGUAUCGCCGGUCACACUCCCUAUCACGAAUACCUUGAUUACGACCAAACCGGCUACACUCCAGUCGUCCUAUCCCACUCCUGACACCAGUGUAUCGCCAGUCACACUCCCUGUCACAAAUACCCUGAUAACAACUAAACCGGCCCCCAGCGUACCGUCACCGAUUACCCUCCCUGCCAUCCUGGAUCUACAGUCACCCUUGCCACAGUCACCCUCUCCUCUCCCUGCCACCAUUCAGAAACCAGUACCUCUCCCUGCCACCAUUCAAAUACCCUCCGUUAUCCCUGCCACCAUUCAGAAACCCUCCGUUCUCCCUGCCACCAUUCAGAAACCCUCCGUUCUCCCUGCCACCAUUCAGAAACCAGUGCCUCUCCCUGCCACCAUUCAGAAACCAACACUUCUUCCUGCCAAUAUACAGUCACCCUCAGCUCUCCCUGCCACCAUCCAGUCACCCUCAGCUCUCCCUGCCACUAUACUAUCACCAUCAGUUCUCCCUGUAAAUAUCCAGUCACCAUCCCCUCUCCCUGCCACCAUCCAACCCUCUGGCAUCCUCCCUGCCAUCACAACCACCACACAGGUCCCAGAUAUCCUCACCACCUCGUCCUCAGCUUUACCCACCUCCCCCCCUAGUCCCGAUGCACCAGCCCUCAUCCCAUCCAUCGAAGACGAUUCUUCCUUCACGCUGGUGGACAUGGUGGCGGCAGACACCAUGCCCGCUGCCUUCUCUGCCCUCUUUGGCUUCACCCCGACAUUCCAGAUUCCCAUCAUCCCCAAACCCACCUUCACAAUUAACACGAUAACCUUCCCCACCAUCACGCUUCCCACCUUCCCCAAGCCAACUAUCGGUACGUUUACUUUGCCCCUAUUCCCCAAACCCUCCAUAACCUUUACCACACUCCCACAGAAAACGAUCGGUAUCCCCAUCCUACAGAAGCCUUCCAUUGUAUUCUCGAGCGGAACGACCUCUUCGACUGCCAGGGAUUCCGUCAGCGGGGAUUACGUCAUCAACACUGCCCCGUCCUCUAGCGCUAAUACCAACCCGGAAAUCUCACCUGCCCCUGUCAACUGUAAUAAAGUGUCGUGUCCCGCUGCUAACGCCCGCAUCCCCAACCCUUACGACUGCAACAGGUACUACAAGUGUAUCAAGACAGAGGACGGUAGGCUGGAACCCCGCUCCUUCGUCUGUCCAGCUACUGUACCGGUCUUCAGCCCCAGACUGCAGCUCUGUGUCCGAGGGGUGAAGUGCAAGGUGUUGUGUGGCUCUGAGGAAUCCACGGGCGAGUCAUCUGGGUCUCAGGAUGGCUCUCAAGAAACUGGAGGUGAGAGUUCUCAAAGUCCUGAAGAAUCUGUCACCUCUGUAAGUCCUGCAGGAAAGCCCAGCACUACAGAUAUUUCAGAACCUGGAACCACCAUUACCAAUACUGCUGGUACUGAUGAAAAAAAGCCCACAGCACCGACCUGCACCAUAGCUUGUGCCGCACCUAACAUGAAGAUCCCUGACCCUCGCAGCUGCCGGUUCUUCUACAUCUGUCGCUUUACGGAGGACAAUAAGCCAAGCCCCAUCCAUGUCAAGUGUCCCAGCUCACGCCCUGUCUUUAGUCCCACAGCUGGAGAAUGUGUGGUAAAGUCCCCUUGUGUGGCCCGAUGCCCCGCCUCUGCCGCCAUCGUCGUAUCUCAAGACCCUCUCACCCCCACUGAAGCAAACACACCUGAUUCAUCUCCAGACGCAAUCACUACAGCCGUCACCCCAUCCCUUCCCUCUCCACCCUCCUCAGUAGACUGUCAACCGGCUUGUUUAAUUCCAGACUCCUGGUUAGCCGAUCCAUCAGACUGCCACUACUUCUAUGUCUGUCACUUCCUGAAUGACGUGGUGUCCCAGCCUAAACGCAUCAGAUGUCCCCUCAACCGGCCAGUCUUUGAUCAAACUCUCGGUAGAUGUACAGAAGAUGCCAUUUGUAAGGUCUCCUGUGAUGCACCUGCCCCCAUAACUACACCAGAUGCUACAGACUCAUCUUUGUGUCGUCCUAAAUGCGUCAUUCCCAACACCAAGGUGCCAGACCCAUCCGACUGUAAACACUACUAUCUCUGCAUCCUGAUGGGCAGUCUUAUUCCCCAACCCGUCCGAUCCAGAUGUCCAGAGGCGACACCUUUCUUUGACAGCAGCAAGAGGCAAUGUGUGGAGCAGGCCGAGUGCAAACUGGCAUGCCCUCAAGGGGAUGCUAUUACUGCUGCUCCCUCCACCCUCAUUCCUCCAGUGAUUGGUGACCCGUGUUCUCCCAGGUGUGGGGAGCCUGAGACUGUAGUACCUGACCCCCGGGACUGCAAUCACUACUACAUGUGUCUGGGUGGCUCUCCCCUCGCGGCCACCAGAAUGAAGUGUCCCUCUCACCGCCCUUACUUCGACUCCGCCACCACCAGCUGCUCAGAACUGGACACUUGUAAAAUCAUCUGUGGCGAGAAUCCUGCAGAGACCACCCCUGCUCUUGUUGGCUCCCCGGACACACCCAUCAACACCCCUGACACGACCAUCACCACCACGACACACCGGCCAGGCCUGUGCAAGCCCAAGUGUUUAUCCCACAACUCAAUCGUUCACGACGCCCUGGACUGCCACCACUUCUACUUGUGCUCAGUAAGGGAAGGAGGACAAAUCGAAGCCACCCGCGUCAAGUGCCCAGAGGAUCGCCCUGUUUUCAAUCUACAGUCCUCCAGCUGCCAGCAAGUCGGGCCCUGCAUCAUCACGUGUGCCGACAACAUCAUCCUGCCCCCGGCCACCACGGAGCUCACCACAGACGCCUCAAGUCCUUCUGCUGAGGACGCUGCCACUACUACCACUACCACUUCAGGUUCUGGUGACACCUCAGCGGACAGCUCCAGCACACCCCAAAGCCCUGGAACCACCAUCGACAGCUCCAGCACCUCAGAUGUAGCCGGUAAUGCCAGUAGUGAGUGUGAGCCGCAGUGCACCAAGACAGGCGAACUUCAGGCUGAUCUUUCAGACUGUCGACGCUUCUUCAUGUGCGUAUACGUUGACAGUCUUGCCCCUCGGCCAGUCCGCGCCACGUGCCCGCAGCGCAAGCCAGUCUUUGAUUUCGAUAAGAAGCGUUGCGUCGAAGAUGCUGAAUGCUACCAGCCAUGUGCCACACAGACCCAGCCUGUCACAGACCUACCCACCCACACACCCGCUGGUCCAGGACAAACACCUCCCACCCACACACCUGCUGGUCCAGGACAAACACCUCCCACCCACACACCCGCUGGUCCAGGACAAACACCUCCCACCCACACAACCGCUGGUCCAGGACAAACACCUCCCACCCACACACCCGCUGGUCCAGGACAAACACCUCUCACCCACACACCCGCUGGUCCAGGACAAACACCUCCCACCACCUCCACUGCUCCUGACACUGACGCACCUGAUCAACCAACAGAAACGGAGCAAACCAUCGUGGAGGAAGAUGAGUGUGCACCUAAGUGUAGGGAGGUGGGUGAGUUGGUUGGUGACCCCACAGACUGUCGCUACUACUACUCGUGCUCAGACCUGCAUGGAACUCUGGAGCCCCUGCGUGUCCUGUGCCCCUACGAUCGGCCUGUGUUUGACCGCGAGACUCUGCAGUGCAGCAACGAGACAGGCUGUGAGGUGGCCUGCUCCCCGGACGACACCCAGGCCCAGCAGGACGCCGACCAGUGUUCUCACGUUGGAUAUUUCGCCAAAAGCUCCUCCUGCGUGUCACUGUACAGUCAGUGUUACCAGGUCGGCGAACGGCUGGUCAAGGCCACAAAGCGCUGUCCUCCAGGGCUGGUAUUCAACUCAGUCGCCACUUACCCGUACUGCGUGCCCGCUGAGGACUGCCCCUACGACCCGGCGGUGCGGGGCCCUGCCAUCAACGCCACCAGCUGCCGCCACCCCGGCAGCUUCCCCCGCUGCACCAACUGCUGCUCAGACUUCCUGCGAUGCGAGGCCUCCGAGGACGGAUACGCUCCAGUGGCAGCACGGUGCCCCGGGGGACUUGUGUUCAACACUGACCCCCGCUACCCCGUGUGUGUACGGCCGCAGGACUGCCCCCGCAACGAGCCGGCCAGUGACCGCUGCGAGAAGGAGGGCUACUUCCCGGCGUGCCAGGGCUGCUGCAAAGACUACUACCACUGCACCGGCGAUGGCCGCCUCCUGCACCACUCUUGCCCCGAGCCGCUCCUCUUUAACCCAGACCCCGCACACCCCUACUGUGUCCUCCCUUGGAGGUGCCCCAACAUAUCCCCGGGCCGCCCCAGCCCCUGACGCCUGCAGCCCCCCACUCAGCCUUGAUCCUCUGCUGUUUGAGAGUUCACUAUUGAACUUACAUAGACAAUUUCUCUCUACUAGCUAUUUAACCAUUUUCAGUGAAUUAAGCUGAAAUAUUAUUAUUAUGUAGCCUGUAGUUCUUGUUUAAGGGCACUAUAUUGUUAAGUUUCUUAUUUAUAGGCUGAAGAUUUUUUAAUAAACUUAUGCUUUUCAAUAAAAAAAAUUUGCCUG